AUGCCUUCCAAAGUCCGAGAUAACAGUGCCGAGCGGCGGCGCGAGAAGAAAGAGUCGUCAAGAUCAGAAAAAGAAAGAGACAAGAAGGACAGAGAUCGUGAUCGCGAGCGAGACAGAGACAAGGAUAGACAUCGCUCCCACCGUAAGCCAUCGUCAAAAGCGUCUCUGUCUCCUACAGACGAUAAGAGGAGAUCCUCGAUGCCUGGCAAAAUCGAAGAUGCCAAUCCGCUCAAGUCUGACUCGAAAUCGAGCCUGCCAUAUCCUUCUUUUUCAAAAGAACACAGUCGUGAGGCUGUUGCAGCUGAAUGUCGGCCGGUCCUGAACCUCUUCACGCCGCCCGCGACGGACUUGAAUGCAUCGAAAGAUAGAUUAUCCGCACCGAAGCAUACUCCGACAUCGAAUCAUGCGCCUCCCAGCCCUCCUCUGACCGACCAGAACGCAGGAUCUGGAAAGUGGAAGUCCAAUGCGGGCAAACCAGUAUCCGUGGAAACCAUUGCAGAGGAGGAUAGAGCUUCAAAUGGUGGUAAAGAUGCCAAAGUCAAGAUCCGCUUACGGCCGCUUUCAUCCAGGUCAAACGGCCAUUUGCGAAGCACUUCAGAAUUGGGUACAGACAGCUCUCCUACACGAAAAUCUCGUGACGCAUCGGGCGUACUACCCAAGAUAUCUACACCUCUCCGUGCCAGCUCGCAGAGAUCUGUCAGUCAACCAACCAGAACAGACUCUCCGGUCACACCAUCGACGUCGAGCGAGCUCCGUACGAAUAUCAGCUCCGAAGCAACCUCCAUAGCUCCUGAGCAACCGGACAUUCAGCGGCCCGGCUCCAAGAUUCCCCCUGCUGAAUCUUUCCGCAGAGGUCACUACGAGCAUGUCCCAGAUACGCUCUACCCUCAGUCUCGAGGGGGCACUCCUUUAGAAGUGUUUGUGGAGAAUGAAACCUUGUCCACUAGAGGAACUCCAGCUGCUUUUUCUGCAACUCCUGGCCCUCCGCCUCCUCCGCCUGCGCCAGUACCUGUUACAAUUCCCAAGGUCGAUUACCUCCUACAACAUGGUGGAUUACAUCAACCUGUAUCGAAGAACCUUCUUCUCGCCGGAAAGCCUAUGGCGAUUCAGCAGGCCCAAUCUCCUGCACAGCCUCCUAUAGUGGUUGCGAAUCUGUUCGAGCCAUACACUGCGCUCCUCGACGACUUUGAAAAGGUCAUGACCAAGAAUGGCUCGCUGGCGGUUGCCACUGGUUAUCGGUCUGUGGCACGACGGUUGCUUGAUAGACUUGAGGCGGUGUUUGCACGCGAUAUUUCAUCGGAAUCAUGCCAGUGCCCGAUGUGUCACGACGAGUAUGGCCAAGACGUAAGAGGCGUCAGUUGGGGCGAAGUCCUCGAGUUGGUGUCGGGGAGGAAGGAGCUCCCAGCUUGGCCCCCGUUUGCAUUCACCCAGUCACCUAUUGGGUUGGGCAUCUCACUGGAGUUUCAUGUGCCAAUGCAGAAGCUUGACAUCGAUGUUCCGGACGAAUACAGGGAACACUACAUUCGACAAUCACGUAAGACGAAGCAGAGUGUGGACAAAUGGCUGAACCGCCAGAAUGACAAUCCCAGCUCCCCACCCGAAGAAGUGGAUGAAGAGACACUUACAUUCGCGAUAUUGACGCAUCUACCCUUGGAGCAGCGCCUCGUGUUCAAAGACCUGCUGGGUAUUGUGGACAGGCCAAUUGAGCCCCCGAGGAGGAUCCCAACGCCAGAAUGGCACAAUGGUUCGAUCCGUCCUCCACAACCCACACCUACACCUUCACUCGCAACAAGAGCUCGACCAGCAUACCUGACUCUUGCGUCGUCAGCAAUUCAGCGUCUAUACCGGCUACCUGUCCCACCUCGAGACUCUGAAGCAGGACUGUUUCUGCUGAACAAUCCCACUCUCCACAACGCCCUGGCGACCCUUGCUGCAAUUUCAGACGACGAAUGGGAGAUUUUGACAUCAGGUCGAUUUGACGGGUUUCUUCGUAGUGGAGCUGAUGAUAUACCACCUCCAACGCAUGGAACGCCCUCCUCACGAGGUCCAACUCCACAUCGACCUGCCACGAGAGGCGCCACCCCAGGCUAUCCUCAUCCAGGCUCUUUGCCGACUGCAAGUGCCAGCGCCAAUGGCUACCGCUCACGACAAGGCAGCUACAGCAAUACCUUUGCCAAUGGAAAUGCACAAUACGGCGCACCAAUUGCCUUCGACGAAGAGACUGAGCUCGCCACGCUCGCCGAAAUCGAGCGCGACAUUUACGCUGGCAUGGAAGCGUUGGAGGACGCCUUUGAGACUCUGCACAACAAAGCCGAAAUUGUACGCCUUGCGCUGCGCGAACGAUCCGCUGGUCUGGCGGCGGCUGCUCAGCGCCGGCGAGGCACAAUGAGCGGUGGGAUUGAAGUGCGCAUGGACACGCCAGCAAACGGAACAGGCCCUUUCAACGAGAACAAUGGACGCCCAUGGGAUGCAGAGACAGAUGACGGGCUCGGCGAGUGGGACGGACUGAGUGAAAUUGCGCCCGAUGAUUCCGCGAGCAACAUUUCGAGUGCACGGCGGAGGAGGCCUAAGCGGCGGAACGAGCGACGAACACCGGCGCUGAUCGAGGAGGAAGACGAGUUUGAUGAUAUGAGUGAAGGUACAGAGAGUCCUAGGAAGAGAUAA